AUGACAGGAUACGGACAGGGCGGAACCGACUUCAGCAACAUGGCCGGACACGACAACAACUACAUCGCUUUGUCAGGCCUUCUGGAUUUCUUUCGGCGCGGCGAUGAGAAGCCCUUCCCACCUGCCAACUUCGCUGGUGAUUAUGCUGGCGGUGGCAUGAUGCUGGCGAUGGGGGUCCUUCUGGCGCUGCUGGAACGGCACCGCAGCGGCCAGGGCCAAGUAAUCGACGCGGCCAUGGUGGACGGCGCCAACUACACGGCGCUGCCCCUUUUCAAGUGGAGGGAGACUGGCUUGGUUCCUGUCGGACCGGAUGGCCAUAUGGUGGCCUCCGACUUUGUCUUGUGUCAGGCCCCUCACUGGUCAGACGUCUACCUGUGCCAGGAGGAUCCGGCGAAACCUGGCACUCGGCAGUACAUGAGUGUUCAGGCCAUUGAGCCGCAGUUCUACUCCGAACUCCUCAAGGGCCUUGGGCACGGGCAGAUCUUCCUCGGUGCCGCCCAGGCUGGACGGCGCCACCCUCCCGGGGCAGUUUGA